AUGCAAGGAGAACCUGCCUCUACACCUACAUCAUAUAAACUAGUUGAAUACGACAAUACUAUAUAUGAAAUACCUAUUCGAUACAUUGACCAAGAAAAUGUGUUGCUUUUGAGCGACAUACAAGCAUUACUACCAAACGCAACGGCCCUCUUGACCAGCUCUAAACUGAUUCCAUUCAAGCUUCAUCCUGACCACCAUACAGAGCUAAUACCGAAAAGAAUCUCAAUACCCGAUAUAAAUGGCAACAGCGUGAUUUGGCAAGCUCAUGUGCCAGAAGAGAAUGUAUCCACCUUAAUGGAAAUGCAGAGAAAGAUAGAUCAGCUUGGUGAAAAGAUGGAUCGAUUAUACAUGUCGUUGGUGCAGUCAUCUUCAGAUAGCAGUGAUGAUGAUGUAUCAGUAGUAGGAGCCAGUAAUGCCCAUACAAAUACUCUCGCUAUAGAUAACCAUCACAACGAAGACAGUAACCAGCAUGAAGAUCAAAAUGAAAGCACACGAAUCGAUGAUACAUUAGAUACUACCAGAGGUCAUAUGUCCCGGUCAAACAGCCCACCACCUGCCUUUUCAACACCUUCACAUCUAUCUGUUGCUGCCAAUGGUGUUGGUGCUUCUUCUUCAGCAUCUUCAUCGUCAUCUGCAAUCCACCAACGUCAACAACAACAACAGCAGCAGCAGCAGCAUGAAGCACCACCAUCCUAUGAAACAUCAGUAUUGAGUACAAUAAAAGCAUUAAACGCAAAGUUACGACUGUACGAAUCACAUAUAUCCAAUCGACACAAAUCACCCAAAUGGCUUGCGAAGCGUGAUGAGUGGAUCUCUCGAGAACCAGACAGCAUAGAGCAAAUUGCAUUUCAAUUAGUGCAGUUGGAGAUGGCCCUUUUAUGGACAGCAGUAACGGAGUCAUGGAUACAAGAGCGGGAGACAUGGUUGACAUUGGUAGCGAGCUCACAAUCAGAGAGACAUUUGGCAGGAGCAAUCAUCAAUUUGGAGAGACACACCUUGGUGAUGGAUGAUGAGUGGCAGCAAAUAAGAGAGAGAUGGGUGAAUGAUCUUUUGGAGAUGGUGGUGUUGCCCCUAAGUCAUGGCUAG